AUGGAACAGUUCAAGGAAUUGAACACGUAUCUCUACCAUCCUGCUCUGGAAGAGAACGCUCCGGACAAUCAUAUAUGCACAUCGUCCAUGACUUCGAUUCCGAAGCCACUCAAGUUUCUACACCUACAUUAUCCAGGCCUGCAUGAACUGUUCAAGGCAUGGUCAGCAUUCAAAAUCAAGGUGCAAGAAAAGGAUUUCUAUGUAACACAGGUUUAUCAUCUUGCAGAAUCUAUUAGCUGA